ACCUCCCACCCCAACGCACACACAAUUAAGCCUGGAAGCGGCGUGCAACCACUAGCCUGGGGAGGGUCCACAUGUGUUAAGGGUGAAGGCAACAGAUGCUGGACCCAGGGAGCUCUCUGCCACAAGAUGAUGGUGGCCCUUCGAGGAGCUUCUGCAUUGCUCCUUCUGUUCCUUGCAGCUUUUCUGCCCCCGCCGCAGUGUGCCCAGGACCCAGCAAUGGUGCAUUACAUCUACCAGCGCUUUCGAGUCUUGGAGCAAGGGCUGGAAAAAUGUACCCAAGCAACAAGGGCAUACAUUCAAGAAUUCCAAGAGUUCUCAAAAAAUAUAUCUGUCAUGCUGGGAAGAUGUCAGACCUACACAAGUGAGUACAAGAGUGCAGUGGGUAACUUGGCACUGAGAGUUGAACGCGCCCAACGGGAGAUUGACUACAUACAAUACCUUCGAGAAGCUGACGAGUGCAUAGAAUCAGAGGACAAGACACUGGCAGAAAUGUUGCUCCAAGAAGCUGAAGAAGAGAAAAAGAUCCGGACUCUGCUGAAUGCAAGCUGUGACAACAUGCUGAUGAGCAUAAAGUCUCUGAAAAUAGUGAAGAAGAUGAUGGACACACAUGGCUCUUGGAUGAAAGAUGCUGUCUAUAACUCUCCAAAGGUGUACUUGUUAAUUGGAUCCAGAAACAACACUGUUUGGGAAUUUGCAAACAUACGGGCAUUCAUGGAGGAUAACACCAAGCCAGCUCCCCGGAAGCAAAUCCUAACACUUUCCUGGCAGGGAACAGGCCAAGUGAUCUAUAAAGGUUUUCUAUUUUUUCACAACCAAGCGACUUCUAAUGAGAUAAUCAAAUAUAACCUGCAGAAGAGGACUGUGGAAGAUCGAAUGCUGCUCCCAGGAGGGGUAGGCCGAGCAUUGGUUUACCAGCACUCCCCCUCAACUUACAUUGACCUGGCUGUGGAUGAGCAUGGGCUCUGGGCCAUCCACUCCGGGCCAGGCACUCAUAGCCAUUUGGUUCUCACAAAGAUUGAGCCGGGCACACUGGGAGUGGAACAUUCAUGGGAUACCCCAUGCAGAAGCCAGGAUGCUGAAGCCUCAUUCCUCUUGUGUGGGGUUCUCUAUGUGGUCUACCGUACUGGGGGCCAGGGCCCUCAUCGCAUCACCUGCGUCUAUGAUCCACUGGGCACUAUCAGUGAGGAAGACUUGCCCAACUUGUUCUUCCCCAAGAGACCAAGAAGUCACUCCAUGAUCCAUUACAACCCCAGAGAUAAGCAGCUCUAUGCCUGGAAUGAAGGAAACCAAAUCAUUUACAAGCUCCAGACAAAGAGAAAGCGGCCUCUGAAGUAAUGCAUUACAGCUGGGAGAAAGAGCAUUGUGGCUUUGGCAGCUGUUCUACAGGACAGUGAGGCUACAGCCCCUUCACAAUAUAGCAUCCUCUAAUCACACACAGGAAGAGUGUGUAGAAGUGGAAAUACAUAUGCAUCCUUACCCAGAUGUCACUGCCUUAGGUAUCUUCCAAGAGCUUAGAUGAGAGCAAGAGCAUAUCAUUAGGAAAGUUUUAACAAUGUCCAUUACUCCCCCAAACCUCCUGGUUCUCAAGGCUGACCACAUUCUGAUACAGCUUACUUCAAGCCUUUUCUUUUACUCCCCACCAGCAUUUACUGUAACUCUGCCCUCUUCCCUCCCACAAUUAGAGUUAUAUACCAGCCCCUAAUAUUCAACACUGGCUUUUCUCUCCCCUGGCCUUUGCUGAAGCUUUUCCCUCUUUUUCAAAUGUCUAUUGAUAUUCUCCUAUUUUCACUGCCCAACUAAAGUACUAUUAAUAUUUCUUUCUUUUCUUUUCUUUUUUUUUUUUUUGAGACAAGGUCUCACUAUGUUGCCCAGGCUGGUCUCAAACUCCAGAGCUCAAGAGAUCCUCCUGCCUCAGCCUCCUAAGUACCUGGGAUUACAGGCAUGUGCCACCACACCUGGCUUAAAGUACUAUCUCUUAUUGAGGUCUAACCUCUAUUUCCCCUAGCCCUGUCCUUCCACUAAGCUAGGUAGGUGUAAAAAUAAAGUGAAAAUGUUAACAUUUGAAUACCACUUUCCAGGUGUAGAGUGUUUGCACAUCAUUUAAUUCUCAUUUCACCCUUGCAAAACAUGCACAAGUCUUUACAGCUGUCAUUCUAGAGUUUAGGUGAGUAACACAAUUACAAAGUGAAAGAUACAGCUAGAAAAUACAAAUUCCAGUCUUUCAAUUGCCCAAGGAAACAUCAAAUAUGUAGGUUUGUUCACCUACUCUUAUAGUCAAUGUGUUCAUCAUUUCAGCCUAAAAAUAACAGUCUGCCCCUUUAGCCAGUUUUCAUGUCUGUGCAAGACCUUUCAAUAGGCCUUUCAAAUGAUAAUUCCUCCAGAAAACCAGUCUAAGAGUGAGGACCCCCAACUCUAGCCUCCCCUUGUCUUGCUGUCCUCUGUUUCUCUCUUUUUGCUUUAAAUUCAAUAAAAGUGACACUGAACAAAUAACCUCAUUAGGUUAUAUUUGCCCACAUACCCUAAGCAUAAAAGCUUUCUGGGAGUGCUGCUCAUGUUAGGUUUACUGUGAAUGAUUUCCAACACACUGAGGCCCUUAGUAAAUAUUCUGGAAUCUGGACAGACGUCAUAGAGCAGGCAAGCGACUCUGCCACAGCAGGCAUGCCCUGUGGCACCGAGGGCAGCAUGCCUCUUGACAGGGGCUUCCCCAGUGUUUCCCACAUGUUUAUCCAAUUCAGCUAAGUUCAAGUCACAAGUGCAGGCUGUGGUGCCAGUCUGUGUCACGUGCUGAAGCCUCUGUCUUUCCAGGUUGGUCACAUGAGAAGGUUUGCUUUGUGUGCUUGCAGCUGUUUUCCUGUCUUUGCCAAGCCCAGGCUGGGACCAUAGGCAGUGAAGAGAAAAUGUUUUUUUCCAUAGCAUUUGAGUAGAUCUUUGGCAAAAGGGAAUUACUCAGUCCAUGGAUACACUGUAAUUACCCACAGUUCUAACAGAAUGGUAUAGAGAGCCCAAAUCCUUUGUGGAAUGAGACAGGUAUGAAUAAAAUAAAUGUGAUAUUACCUGCCCU